UAACAAAGUGCAGCGGCCGGAUUGUUUACAACUCUGUUCGCGUCGCGAUAAACUUUAGAUAGGUUGAUGUUUUCUGUAAAAUUACGUAUUUUAGCGAAUAGUUUGCAUGUAAAACAAUCAAGAUGAGGCAUCUGCUGGUAGUCGCACUCGUCGCAACAUUUUGUAGACAAGCGGUAGGCCUCAGUGCGUUUCUUUACAUGAGUGUUCACCAUUCGGGGUUUCACAGGGACAUUCACUACAAUUUAAAGUUUGGAGGAGUGGGCAGGAUGUCCUGCGAGCUGCUUUUGAUUCAGCAAUUUCCGGCCGCGAUAUACGUGGACACCGACCAGCUGACCAACAUGAAAAAGUUCAAAAAGAUCAACAGCUACGUUCCGCUCUACGUGGAUGUGGAGAAACCGGCCAGCAAAUCGAGCCCCUUUUCCGUGUACCUCUUCGAGACCGUCCGCCGGGAGGUGAACAUCACGCUGCCGAUCCACUUCCGCUAUCACGAUCCGUCCGAGAGGAAAUUCGAGCGCAUCCAAAUCGAGAGCCCCUCUCUGCAUCUGCAGUGCAACCGCGGCGUCAACGGGAAGGCCCAACCACUGAAGGGGACGGAAACGCACCGGUUUCCGUGUGCCAGCAGUGCCCAGAUCUACGACUACGACAAGCUGGACCGGGCCGAGCACUGCGACUGGCAGGAGGUGGAGUUUAGCAACGUCCCCACGGUCAUCAGCGUGCUCAUCCCGGUGGGUAACAGCGCCUCGUACCGGUUCGUGCUGCCGGCCACCAUCCUGGUCAGCUGGAUCGGCAGCAUCUAUUUGAUCUACAUUAUCGUUAAGUCAGGUAAGCGCGUCAACAAGAAACUUUUGUAACCUCUUUUGAUCUCAGCAAAUAAAACACAACGAAUGCGGGCUAACAUUCGUCACGAAAUGGGA